UGGCCGUCUGAAGAGAGAAAAAUAGCCGUGCGGUGGAAAACGUCGUGAACUUGUGGUUUUACUAACUGAUUACUCCAAGUUUACGCCCAUAGUGUGACUUGACAGUUUGACACAAUUUUACCUUUUAAUUCAUUGUUUAUAAGAGGUAAACUCUGAAGAGGUUUCAGCUUGAUCAGCAAUUUUGUCGCCCGUUUUUACUGCCCAGCUGUCGGCCGUGCCGGUAACCGUAAUGAUCGUGUUUACGUUCAGUGUUUAGCAACCGGACCUAUCGACAGCACUUUACUGACUGGCAGUGUCAACGGCCGUCUCUGGAUUGCCUGGAAAAAUUCUCGGCACCAGUCUCGACGCACUCUGCUGAGACAUGGCUGAAGCCGUUAAAGUCAUCGUGCGAUGUCGGCCCAUGAACGAGAGGGAGAAGUCACUGGGAUGCAGCGUGGUGGUGCAGAUGGAAGGGGGGCGGGGCUACUGCUCCAUUCAGAAGCCCAAGUCCAAGGACCCACCCAAGAGCUUCACCUUCGACGGGGCGUACUACACAGACUCCACCACCGAGACCAUCUACAACGACAUAGGCUACCCGCUCGUGGAUGGUGUCCUUGAGGGCUACAAUGGCACCAUCUUUGCCUACGGCCAGACGGGGUGCGGCAAGUCCUUCAGCAUGCAGGGCAUAACUGACCCGCCAACCCAGCGGGGGAUCAUUCCCAGGGCCUUCGAACACAUCUUUGAGAACAUCCAGGUGACAGAGGGAGUCAAGUUUCUCGUUCGGGCCUCGUAUCUGGAGAUUUACAAUGAGGACAUCAGGGAUCUCCUUGGGAAAGAUCACAAAUCCAAACUGGAAUUGAAGGAGCACCCUGACAGGGGGGUGUAUGUCAAAGAUUUGACCAUGCACAUCGUGCACAACACGCGGGAGUGCGAGCACAUCAUGGACUUGGGCUGGAAGAACCGCUCCACGGGCGCCACGCUCAUGAACGCCGACUCCUCCCGCUCCCAUUCCAUCUUCACCAUCCACAUCGAGCGCUGCGACGUGGACGACUCGGGGGAAGACCACCUGCGGGCCGGCAAGCUGAACCUGGUGGACUUGGCCGGCAGCGAGAGACAAGCCAAGACUGGCGCAACUGGCGAUCGAUUGAAGGAGGCCACCAAAAUCAACCUGUCUCUCUCUGCCUUGGGUAAUGUCAUCUCAGCUCUGGUGGACGGCAAGUCAAAGCACAUACCAUACAGAGACUCCAAGCUGACCAGGCUGCUACAAGAUUCUCUCGGCGGCAACACCAAGACCCUGAUGGUGGCCUGCCUCUCGCCGGCCGACAACAACUACGACGAGACCCUGAGCACGCUGCGCUACGCCAACCGGGCCAAGAACAUCAAGAACAAGCCCAAGAUCAAUGAGGACCCCAAGGACGCCCUCUUGAGGCAAUACCAGGAGGAGAUCAGCCGGCUCAAGGCCAUGCUGAUGGGACAGAUCCCCGCUGAGGGCUUUGAAGGUUUUGGUUUGCCGGCCGGCACAUACCAGCCUCCCAAAGCAGCCAUCACCGAGGCCGCCCCGGAGAACAAAGAAGCCACCAGGCCCUUGUCGGCUGACGUCGCUGCCGAGAUUGAAGCAGAGCGGGAGCGGAUCCGGCUUGAGUACGAGGAGAAGAUCGCGGCCAUGUCGGCCAAGUACGAGGAGGAGCAGUCCAACAAGAACAAGCUGCAACAGGACAUAGAACAGAUGAAGAGAUACUACGAGGACCAGCUGGCUGAGGUGCCCGAUGCCGUCAGGAACACUGCUGCUCACGUGUCAGAAUCGUCGGCAGCCGAGGGUGAGCCAGCAAGCACCUUGCAGUCGGAAGCGCCCAAGCAGCUGGAUGCAGAGGGACAGCAACUCAAACCGGACCAAGCUGUAACGGGAGAGCAGGGUGAGUCCUUCGAUGACUAUCUGGCUAGGGGUGAGAUGGAGCCUGAUGACGAGGGGCCGUCGGCGCCCAUGGCCUCCCCGACACUGCCCCGCAAGGACACCUCCCAGGCCCUGGACCAGAAUGAAGCGCUCAAAAGGCUGCAGCAGCUGGAGCACGAGAUGGUGGGCGGGGAGCGGGCGACGGACGAGGGCCUGAAGGAGAAGCGGCGGCGCAAGCUCAAGCACGCCGAGGUGCGCAAGCUACAGCUGGCCAAAGCCAUCGCCAAGAUGGACGACGACGGCAUCAUGCUCAACAUCUACAGCAACAUCGAGGAGGAGCUCAAGGCCAAGAACAAGCUGCUGGAGGCCGAGAAGGAGAAGGUCCGGGCUGCCGAGAUCGAGAUCACUGACCUGAACAGCGAGUUUGAGUUCGAGCGCAUCGAUUACUUAGACACCAUCCGCAAGCAGGAGAAACAGAUCAAGAUGUUAGGUCAGAUCCUUGACAAGGUCCAGCCCUGCCUACGACGGGACUGCAACUACUACAACCUGGACAAGGUGAAAGCAGAGAGCAGCUGGGACGAGGAGGACGGCAGAUGGAAGAUUCCUGAGCUGGUCGUCUCCAGGGACAAGCUGCCGGCAGCAGGCAGCAUCAUGCCCGGGGGACGCCCCCCUAUGCCCGGCCGAACAGGCCACCACGCCCCCGCGGGAGCACAAGGGGCUAGACGAGACCACUCCCCGGGUCACCUCGUGAAUGGCUACCCCAUGGGUGGCGCUGACUUACCAGAGGAGGACAGAUACUUACAGAAACUGAGUCGCUCUUCGCAUGAGGCGGCCGUUGAUUACUUUAAACCCAAACGGGCCAAUCAGCUGUUGGGUAGCACUAGCCACACCCACGAAUCCAAUUACCACAUCCCUCCCGUUGAUCACCAACAACUGAAAGGCCCACCGGCGGCCCUGUCAUCAACCAAGGACCUCCACGGACCCACCACACCCGCAGACAUGCCCGUGCGACGACCCCAACGUCUGGAGGCGCUGCAACCCGGCAAAGGCAAGAAAGGCAAGAGGAGGCAUCUGAAUGCGCUGGAACCUAUCUGAAGUGAGGGGUGACCAGGUAGCCUUGUGUAGCAGUAGGCUCAUGCCUGAGGGGGUGCCACCCCUCUCUGGAAAACAAAAUGGUACAUUCCUGAUCACGGAAGCAGGAUUGGGUUAGUCAGUGAGGUUUGUCUGGUACCUAGUAUCCUCAUGCGUAAAGAUUCAGUGUUUUGUGUGUCGCACAAGGUGAAUGCACUUUACACAUUGAUAGUUCACUCAGUUGAGAGACAUGUCAAGGGGAUGUUAGUGACGCUAAACUUCGCCGAAAUGUUUCCCUUGCCUUUCUUUGCCCUCUUUUCCUCAGACAACUUUUCCCUGGCUGAUUUCCUCGUUUUUCACCUCACACUCAGGCCAAUGAAAAUUCUUGUCAAGACUGGAAUUUCCUCUUCUUUUUUUUUCAAAGUCCAAGUUCCAUGCCUGGGUUCUAGUAAAUGCAGCAAGAUUCCUAAAUAUGAGUAAUGGGGCAAGUUUCCCAGCUACUGAUCCUAGAGGGGUGGCUGGAUUGACCACCUGUUGACGGGAAGUGGAGAUUUUGAAAUCAUCCAAAACAGAGAAACUGAGAAUUUUCAACCCUUGUCUUGAAUGGAUAACAUGCCUUUCUCAUACACAUUCAGUUUUUGGUACACCAGCCAGGUGACAGGCACGUCAUAAAAUUGCCAGUUCUGGAUUUCAUUUCCCUGUUGGUGCAUAGAGAUACUAGACAUGUAGUCUGAUCACCGAUUUUUUCAUUACUACUUCAGGAAGAGUGGUAGUCAGGGAACCAAGCCAUUGCAGCCAAACAAACAGAAAAAACCCAAGUUAAAGUCAUUGGUAAACGCCUGUGCUAGUCUUUUGUUGUCAAUGUAGGAUAGGUUAAUUUAUCUGUGCAAUUGUGGUGAAAUUUAAAACUGAAUAACCUGGCAUUAUUGUCAUAGUUUGUAACUGCCGACUGAUUUGCUUCGUGAUUUCAAGUAGGAUUAGGGGACACCGAUUUAUGUACUGAUUUUUCUUUUACCUUUUUUGUAAAGAAAUAUCUUUUUUAAGAGAGAGAAGGCUCACAGGGUUUUGAAGGGGUGGGGGUGUGUUCUAAGUCGUUAACCGGUUGCCUGCAAUGUGACUUUUUUUUCCUAGUUACCGUUUUGUUUGUGUGUGUUUUCAUUACUGCCGUCCAAAAAAUGCUAUUUUUGUUGUUUGUCUAGCGAUCCAUUCAAAAUUCUAUCUUCUUUGAUCCUUUCUGUAUGUAAAACUCGACUUUCUUUUCCUAGUGUGUGAAAUUUUCUGAUUGACGAUUGAUUCUGAAAUGUUUUUAAUCUGUGAAUAUUUUGACUCGCUCAUGCAUUUCCUUGUAUAUUUUGUUGGCAUACAGAGAUGUACAGUUAUUUCACCCAAAGGCAGCUUUUCUUUGAUGUAGCGGUCACUCACAUAUUUAUUCCAAAUAUCUACAGACGUGUGUUUUGUUUAAUGUGGAUGUUAUUUUCAUAUUGUGUGUUUGCUUGCGUGUAUUUCUCAUGGUUUCGAUUUGUUUUCAACAAAGUGUUUCAAAUGUAUAUUAUUAAGUAUAUAAAAAUCAAGAUAUUUAAGAAACUUUUAAACAGCAUUUUGGCAAAAUCAGAAGUUUGGAAGGUCAGGUAAAUGUAUUUUACUUGCAAAUAACGUCAUUUCCAUCGUAACAUGGUGACCCGUUUCUUUGACAAAAUUGGUAUUCAAUGAAACCGACAGCUGGUUGUCAUGUGACUGCCCAAGUAUAGUCAUGUGGCUAUUUUGGACUGCCAUGUGACUCUCUCAGAGGUCAUGUGACCGGUCUUUGUUCAUCGUUAAUGCAGGAGAAUGAACCACUAUUAUUUUGAAAGACCAGACAAGUCAUCAACAAUAGCAAAAAAGUGACUUCAUUUCACACAAGCCGCCCAGGGGCCAAAUGACAUCGUGUAUAUACUUCUGCUUAGGUUAAAGAUUUGAAUCAAUAUGACAGCCAGAUAGCUGUGUGAAAGAAACACAAUUAGCAGUGGUGAAGUGUUUUUCUCACUGAGGUGCGUAGCUCCGUCCUUGUAGAUGUGACACUGUUAGUGCAAAGCGUAUGGAUGUAUUUGAACAAGUAGAAAUUUUAAUGGUGUACCGUGUCAUGAUAAGAUGUGAUCAGACCAGAUUUAAAAUUGGCAACUUGUGUUCGUUUUUAUUUAGAAAGGCUCCCAGUUUUAUGGAUGGUAUGCCUAGAACAGAGCUGCUUAAAACAGGAUGAAAAGUGACGUGGAGAAUUCUAAAAGAACCUUACAGGCCACAUCAUGGUCACGUGUAUCAGUCCUGUUACCAUAGCAACCGUCCAUCAGUUUUGAAUCAAUGUAGGAAAUCAGCAGGUCUGUGUGCCUGUCCUUGGAGACGAUGGCAAAUUUUCUUUCGAAAUGUCAGCAUCAGUACACGGAUGUGUUCUUUAUCGUGUUCCCACUUACACGUAGUAUUCGCAACCAUUCCGAAAAUGGAUUUUCACAUGUUUAGCACUCGUGCAAUACUUUGGGUUUUGUUAAAAUUUAGCGAUGUUUUGUUCAACAUGACUUGUAGGUUAGAUCUUAUUUAGGAAAGAUAAGUAAUGUGCCUUAGAACAUUUAGCCCCUUCUUCCAUAAGCUCUGAGACAAAGGAAGAGGCUUUUCACAACGGAAUUUUGUAGGGGGGUCGUUUAUGGAGAAUGUAAAACAAUGAUUCAAGCUUCUUGCCUGACGUAAAUUUGAUGGAGUGGAAACCUAGGGUCUUUCUCAAUAUCUAAUACGGGUGAUUCACAAAAGUGCGCCACCAAGAGUCUGCAGUGCAUUGGCCAAUCACACUGUCGACGCAAUACGCAAAACGACAAAUUUGAGCGUUGUGAUUGGACAAUGCGUAGCAGACUCUUGGGGUUACACUAUUGUGAAUCGCCGGUAUUUGGUGAGACUUAACACAUCAGAACAGGUGUAAAGGGUCCAUCCUAGAGUACACGUUUAACCUUGGUUACGCUCAUGGACAGGUAUUAUGCACAUUACCAUUUCUCUUUGACCAAUAGGGUGGAGCCAUUUGGUACGUGCAAUGAGCAGGUCCUGUCCAAGAAUUUGUGUACUCUCCAACAGGGCAGACUGACGUUAUCACAGUCUCUGAACUUUCAAUUUUGGUUGAACCUUAUCCGAUAAGCAGUUAGGAACAGUGUUACAGUUUUGCUUAUGUAUUACUAGGGGGAUUGCAUACUUGGAGACCCUCCAUAUCAUUGUCAGUUUGAUCUUGCAAAACUGGUCAGCCCCCCCCCCCAAAAAAAAACCCCAAAGGUAACUCUCUUUAUUGUGCUGACGACCCUGUUUUUGGAAAUUUCAAAUUGUACGUUGUGAGAAAAUGUGACUUUCUUAUAACUUCCCUCAAACCUUUUUGACAUCAACCUUACAGUCAUUGAGCAUGAUGUCACAGUCAUCUCCUAGGGGGAAUUCAAAAGUUAAAAUGUAGCUCCCCCUUCUAUGAUAGGAACAGGGUCCCCAACGUUACAAUCCCCAUUAGCAGGGGCAUGUCUCUCAUGUUGUGCCAAUUACCCAUCGAGUUGCAUGUCGUAGCUGAAUAGUACCAAACUUGGUCAUAGUUUCACAAUCAGUUUUGUGACCCUCCAAAUUCCUUUAAUCCAUAUAUAUAGCAGGUAGAAGCCUUCAGAUAUGUAUUUAUUGAUGUUGCUGUGUUUGUGUAAUUAUUGAUUCCGAUCAGUGUAUGAUAUAUAUAUUGAGUGUCAUGUGUAAAUAUUAAAAUGAAGCUACUGUGAAAAAUA